AUGGGCGCCUUUACGGACGCGUCCGCCGGUGCUGGCGUCAACCUCGCCGACCUGAUCCCCAAGGACCGCAAGCCGUGGUGGCGCGACACGCGGCUGCUGCACCUCAACUUUUUGCUGCUGUCGGCGCUGCUGACGCAGACGGCCUCCGGGUUCGACUCGAGCAUGAUCAACGGCAUGCAGUCGCUCACCCACUGGGCCGCCUUCUUCGACCACCCCAACGGCACGCGCCUCGGCGCCAUGACCGCCGGCACCACGGGCGGCACCCUGAUUGCGGUGCUGUGGUCGUCGCAGCUCUGCGAGCGCUUCGGCCGGCGCUGGCCCAUCUUCGGCGGCUCGGCCGUCAUCAUCCUCGGCUCGGUGCUGCAGGGCGCCGCGCAGAACUUUGGCAUGUUCGUCGCCGGCCGCUUCAUUGUCGGCGCGGGCCUCUGCAUGGUCUCGACGGCCGCGCCGCCGCUGCUGACCGAGUGCGCGUACCCGACGCACCGCGGCGUGCUCGUCAGCAUGUACAUGGUCUCGUGGCCGCUCGGCUCGCUCGUGGCCGCCUGGAUCACCUACGGCACCUUCCGCAUCGACAGCGCCUGGUCGUGGCGCCUGCCGAGCCUGCUGCAGUGCUCCGUGUCCGUCGUCCAGAUGGCCCUCGUCUGGUUCGCGCCCGAGUCGCCGCGCUGGCUCAUCUACAACAACCGCCAGGACGAGGCGCGGGCCUUUUUCGCCAAGUUCCACGGCCACGGCGACGCCGACGCGCCGCUCGUGCGCUUCGAGAUGGCCGAGGUCGUCGCCACGCUCGAGAUGGAAAAGGAGCAGAAGCAGGCGCGCUGGGCCGCCUUCUUUCGCACCCCCGGCAUGCGCCACCGCUUCUUCCUCGCCGCCUGGAUCCCGGCCAUGCUCCAGUGGUCGGGCAACAAUCUGACCUCGUACUACUUGACCCGCGUUCUCAACUCCAUCGGCAUCACCGACAGCAAGACGCAGCUCAUCAUCAACGGCUGCCUGUCCAUCUGGUCGUUCCUGACCGCCCUCGUCUUUGCCGGCCUCGUCGACCGCCUCGGCCGCCGCUUCUUGUUUCUGCUCGGCAUGGCCGGCAUGCUGCUGUCCUACGUCAUCUGGACCAUCUGCUCGGCCCUCAACCAGCAGCGCAACUUUGAGGAUCACGGCCUCGCCGCCGGCGUCAUCACCAUGAUCCUCGUCUUCUCCGCCUUUUACCACGUGCAGUCGCCCGCCGCGCCCACCUACAUCAUGGAGAUCCUCCCCUUUACGCUGCGCGCCAAGGGCGCCAUGCUCUACCAGCUCACCGGCAACAUCGCCGGCAUCUUCAACAGCUUCGUCAACCCCAUCGGCAUGACCAACCUCGGCUGGCGCUACUACAUUGUCUGGUGCUGCGUCAUCGCCUUCAACCUCGCCACCAUCUACUUUUUCUUCCCCGAGACCCGCGGCUACGCGCUCGAGGACGUCGGCCAGAUCUUUGACGGGCCGGACGCGCUCACGGGGACCAAUGCCAUGCGCAAAAUGGGCAUGACGGUCGACGGCGAAGUGGAACAUGCCGAAGACGCCGAAAACGUCGAAAACGCCGAUGCGAGCACGGCGUCGGCCGCCAAGCGCACCGUCCAGCACAACGAAGUCGAGGCUGUCUAG